AGCGAAGAACGCAAUACGAGAACGAACGGAUCUUGCAGCAGGAGGAAAAAACAUUCAACAAUCAAUCUUCGAAAGUUUUGAGCCAUAGUGACGGAAACAAAAGUUCAAUCAAAGUUGUUUUAUGUAUUCUAUCUCUGAACGUGUGUUUUAACUUAUCACAAAUCAUACAAACAGUUUUUUUUAUUACAAAAACUAAUAGUUCGAAGUUGUCAGUCGAGUGGUAAAAGUGAAAGCAAUCAUUUUGUGGUGUCUGCAGGUGCCCCUGCGAAGCCAGAAAAUUUUGUCUAGUGACUGACAGCGGAAGGAUAUUUGCCGAAAUUUCGGCGGCUUCUCUAGCUUGUUAGGAUCUGAAACUAUUUCGCAAACUAUCGUCUCGUCGAACACUGAUCUAUUCACCACACGCACAUAGUAAGGAAGAACAGGAAAACGGGUUUUUGGUUUCGCUACAGUAAAAUUCGAAGGCGGAAUUGUGCUUCGGAGCGUUCUGGACAGUGAAUAAGGGACCCGUUUCUAUGGCUACGGGAGGCCGACUGGAGGCCUUAUCAAAGCUUCUGUGCAACAGAACGGCAAGCAAGUGAACGCGGAACACGGUAGGACACCAGAACUGUCAAUUGGUGCGAUGGCAAAAGAAUACGACUAUCUGCUGAAGGUGCUGCUCGUUGGCGACAGUGACGUUGGGAAGCAUGAGAUUCUUUCCGGACUGGACGAUGGCUCGUCGGAGAGCCCAUUCUGCAGUGGAAGUACCGCUUAUAAAACCACUACAAUUUUACUAGACGGAAAGCGAGUGAAGUUGCAAGUCUGGGACACAUCUGGUCAAGGUCGAUUCUGUACCAUUAUCCGGUCCUAUUCGCGGGGAGCUCAGGGUAUCGUUCUGGUGUACGACAUAACCAACAAAUGGAGCUUCGAUGGAUUGAGUCGUUGGUUGAAGGAGGUCGAAGAACACGCUCCGGGCGUCCCGAAAGUGCUGGUUGGAAAUAGAUUGCAUUUGGCCUUUAAACGACAAGUAGCAGCCAAACAAGCGGAAUUGUACGCCUCCCGUAACAAGAUGGCGUGUUUUGAGAUUUCCCCGCUCUGCGAUUUCAACAUACGAGAAUCGUUUUCCGAACUAGCUCGAAUGGCUCUCCAUCGGAAUGGUAUGGAGCGGAUCUGGCGCUCGAACAAGGUUCUGUCACUUCAGGAGCUUUGCUGUCGAACAAUCGUUCGCCGGACCAGCGUGUAUGCCAUCGAUACACUUCCGUUGCCCCCGUCGGUAAAGUCCUACCUGAAAUCGUACGCUCUGACGUCGUCCCAGUGUCUCAGCACGGUUCUGCAUCACAACACGGCACCGGCGUCCAACGCAAAGAACCUCAAAUGUAAAACACCCGCCGGUCACCUGAAGCUGCACCGGAGUAGCGCCAUCAGCAGUGUGGGUGGCAGCAUGCGAAAUAGCUGCGUAAUAUCAUGAUUAGGGUCGAUCGUUGCGUCGUUCAGGCGGAUUUUUAUUCCACGCCGGCGACGGUCCCGUAAUAGCAACAACAACAACAACAACAGCAGUAACAGCAGCAGACGAAGCAGUCGAAGCACCGCUGCCAUUAUCGGGACUGCUGCCGGUGUCGGAGGAGGAGUAGGAGGAGGUGCAACCUUCCUUAGUGGCCGUGGUGGUAAGAGUGGUUGCUGUUUUUAAGUUUUUUUUUCUUUGAAUGUUAUUUUUUGGGUUUCUCUUGUUUCAUGAUCUGUAUGGAAAGUGUUAUGACAUUGAUAUCGUGCUAGGAAUAUUUCUCGAUUUUUGUUUAUUAUUAUUAUUUUUUUAUUUGGAGUUCGAUUAUAGUCAGGAAUAUUUUGAGGGUGCCAAUUGGGUUCCAACCGCAAUUGAUAGAAUUCGUUUUCAUCAAGUAAUUCGCUUUUGAAAUAUCAUAUUUUUCUCUUUGAAUAGUUUAUCUUGUAUCAACUGAGUACAAUUAUUUCAGUGGAAGUUAUUUUUCGGAUGAUUUUCGAGUUAAUCUUAUCACCGUCAGAAUGUAACAAAAGUUCGAUCUGUUUAUUCAAAAUCUCGAUUUCCUUAUGUAACCUGCAAAACAUGGUUUUCUAUUAAAAAUGCAUUAGCGUUGACGCCAAGCUCCAUGGAACGAUCCCUCAGUAAGUUCCGGGGGCUGGUUUCUGGUUGCCGAAUCAAAGACUCAAAUGCAUCAUACUACUCACUUUUGCAGAUUCUAAAAUCCAUCGUCUGUAUUUGAAGCCGAAGCUAAAAAUUCCUUGCCAGAUCAUAAGUUUCUCGGUGAUUUUAUUCUAGACUUUUAUUAGGCAACAAUUUUGCAAUCUUGUGUUUCAAUGAUGCAAAUCAAUGCAUAAUCGAAGGUAGGAGUGGAAAAAAAUGCAGCGAAAACCUGUUUCAAAUACGGGUACUCAAGGUUUCAAGUUUGGCCUGUCGUUGCUUCAUUGAAGAAUUAUACAGCCGCUUUUUUCAAAAUUCAACCAACUACCACUAACAUGAUUUUCAGGCGGAUCCUAAAGCAUACGCAUAGAUUAGUGGCCUGUAAUCGUUAAAAAGGCUAAUUUUCCUGCUUUGGAAUCAUUUGAGUGCUCUCCCGAAUGUUCAGUACUUUCUUCGAAACAGGAAAGGCGGAUGAGUAAUAUCAGAGACAUAACCGAGUGAUGUGAAUUCGUGCAAAGGGUCGUUCUUCGAUGUUUAACGAUGUAGAGGGCCUUUUUCUAAAAUGCAAAUGAGCAGUUGGACUUACCAUAUUACUGGUCCGAAACUAAGCCGAGAUCCAGGCCUAGGACUAAAAUCUGGAACCUGGACAAGAUACCAUAUUACCAAAGGGAUCUGAUUUCUGAACCUGCAUUUUAGACCCUGAAUUCAGAAAGGGAUUCUGAACCUGAAUUUUGGAUCUGAAUCUGUACUAGGAUUCUAGACCUGGAUUCUGGAAUUGAGCCAGAAUUCUAUAAACCAGCAUACUGGACCUCUGUACUAAAUCUGAAUUCUCGUUUCUAGACCAGGAUUCUGGAUCUUUCAACUAAAGUUCUUCUGACUGCUUGUCCAACUGUUCAGGAGUUCCGCAGGGCAGCACACUGGGUCCAUUACUCUUCUCACUAUUCAUCAACUGUUUUUCGCAGAUGAUGUCAAAAUUUAUCACGUCGUUCGUAACCAAGCUGAUUGCCGAGAACUGCAGAACCUCCUGUACAUCUUCAACGACUGGUGCGAACGUAAUAUGAUGGUCUUGUGUGUCGCCAAAUGUUCUGGAAUCAGCUUUCGAGGGACCAGGACUGCAGUUCCAUUUGAUUAUAAUAUUGCUGGGACCCCGCUUCAACGUGUCGACCACGUCAAGGACCUUGGUAACGUGUUGGAUGAAAGGCUUACAUACGUUCGGCACUUCUUAACUACGAUCGACAAAGCGAAUCGUCAACUUGGAUUCAUGUUCAAGAUAUCGAGUGAGUUCCGUGAUCCGCUUUGUUUCAAGGCCUUGUAUUGUUCCUUGGUUCGCUCGUUGCUUGAAUUUGCUUCUGUUGUCUGGAGUCCCUAUCAGGAUGUGUGGAUAUGUACUGCGAUACCUGCCAUGGAGUGAUCCACGCAACCUGCCACUGUACGCCGACCGCUGUCGUUUACUGGGUCUCGGUACCCUAACUGAUAGAAGGAAUGCAUCAAAUGCUACCUUCAACCUAUAUGCUCCUGCCCGCUCACUUCGACCGAGGACUCUACUGUUUGAGACUCCGCAGUUCACAAAACAACGCUACAAAUAGCUCUCUAGCUGAUUCAAUUCGCUACUUCAACGAGGUCUCCGAGCACUUCGACUUCAAUCGACUUCUAACAGCUUCCGUCGGCGUCUACUAUCAGUCCGUCCGUAAUUUAUUACUUGACCACUAUAUAUUUAUUCUUGUUUGUUCGUUUUUAGAAUUAGACAGUUCCAUUAAGGCCAUGUUGGUCAGAUGGACGGAAUUUAACAAAAUAAAUAAAUAAAUAAAUUCUAGAUUCUGAACCUGUACUUGAAUUCUAGACCUUAAAUCUAGAUUCUAAAUUCUGGGCCUGAAUUCUGAAUGGGAUUCUGUGCCAGAAUCUUGAUUCUGGAUCUGGAUUCUAGACUAGGAUUUUGGACCUCUAAACUAAACUCUGGUCUAGACUUGAGUCAGGAUUCUGGUUUCAGAUCCUAAAUUCUGAACUUAAACAUGAACAAUGAACCUAGACCCGAAUUCUAGACCUGGAUCUGAACUCGGAGCCUGAAUUCUGAACGGGAUUUUGGACCUCGUUUCUAGACCAGGAUCAUGAAUUUGAAUUCCCUGUACUUGAAUUCUAGACCCGGAUUCUAAAUUCUGGGCCUGAAUUCUGAAUGGCAUUUCUCAUUUGGAUUCUAGACCAGGGUUUUGGACCUCUAAACUAAACCUGAAUUUGGAGUUCCAGAUCUGGUUUCUAGACCUGGACUUAAAGUCUAGACUUGAGUCAGGAUUCUGGUUUCAGAUCCUGAAUUCUGCAUUCAAACAUAAAUAAUGGACCUAGACCCGACCUCUAGGCCUGGAUCCUGAAUCUGAAUUCUGGGCCUGAAUUCUAGACCGGAUUCGGACUCUCAAAUGUACACCAGAAUCAUGAUUCUAAACCUGAAAUCUGGAUCUGAAUCUGUACUAGGGUUCUAGACCUGGAUUCUGGAAUUGAGCCAGAAUUCUGGAUUUGGAUCUGAAUUCUGAACGGGAUUCAGGACCUAAACUCUAGGCCAGGAUUCUGGACCUCUGUACUAAAACUGAAUUCUGGAUUGCACACUGUACUUGAGCUCUAUACCGGGAUUCUGGACCUAAAUUGGAGACCUGGUUUCAGAACCUGAAUUCUGCGCCUAAACAUAAACAAUGAGUCUAGACUCGAAUUCUAGACCGGGACUCUGAACCUGGAUCUGAAUUCAGAGCCGGGAUUAUGGACCUCGUUUCUCGACCAGGAUUCUGGAUCUUUCAACUAAAUUUGAAUUCUAGAUUCAGAACUUGUACAUGAAUUCUAGACCCUAAAUCUAGAUUCUAAAUUCUGGGCCUGAAUUCUGAAUGGGAUUCUGGGCCAGAAUCUUAAUUCUGGAUCUGGAUUCUAGACUAGGAUUUUGGACCUCUAAACUAAACUCUGGUCUAGACUUGAGUCAGGAUUCUGGUUUCAGAUCCUAAAUUUGGUUUCAGAUCCUAAACCUAAACAUGAACAAUGAACCAAGACACGAAUUUCAGAUCUGGAUUCUGAGCCUGGAUCUGAACUCAGAGCCUGAAUUCUGAACGGGAUUUUUGGACCUCGUUUCUAUACCAGCAUCAUGAAUUUGAAUUCGAGAUUUCGGACCUGUACUUGAAUUCUAGACCCGGAUUCAAAUUCUGAUUGGGAUUCUGGACCAGGACCUUGAUUCUGGAUCUGAGUUCUGGAUCUGGAUUCUAGACUAGGAUUUUAGACCCCUAAACUAAACCUGGACUUGAGUUCUGGUCGAGACUUGAGACAGGAUUCUGGUUUCAAAUCCCGAAUUCUGCAUUCAAACAUAAAUAAUGGACCUAGACCCGACUUCUAGGCCUGGAUCCUGAAUCUGAAUUCAGGAAUGUAUGCCAGAAUCAUGGUUCUAGAUCUGGAUCUGAAGACCCUGAAUACAGAAAUGGAUUCUGAACCUGAAUUUUGGAUCUGAAUCUGUACUAGGGUUCUAGACCUGGAUUCUGGAAUUGAGUCAGGAUUCUGGACCUGAAUUCUGGACUUGGAUCUGAAUUCUGAACGGGAUUCAGGACCUAAACUCUAGGCCAGGAUUCUGGACCUCUGUACUAAAACUGAAUUCUGGAUUGGACAAUGUACUUGAGCUCUAUACAGGGAUUCUGGACCUAAAUUGGAGACCUGGGAUGGAAUCAUUUAAGGUGAUUAUCACCAAGUGAUUAUCACUUUUGAAAAUUUGGAAUCAUGUCUAUCAAAUGUUGGCAUUACGUAAGGUGAUAGUCACCACGAUUUAAUCACCUUCAUGGCAAAAUGGAGGUGAUAGUAAUUUAGUUAUUACUUUUAGUAGUGAUUUGAUUUUUUGAAAAGUGGCUUUAUAAAUUAUUGUAUGUUAGGUAAAUUUUAAGCCACUGAUAUAAACAUAACCUACCAAAAUUGGUCGGAGUGAAUGAUUUUUUAAUAAAAUUCGCACUGAUUCUGUGUGUAAAAAUUAAAUACCAAAAUGAAAAGUAACUUAGUUUGUAUUGUUUAAAGAAUUCAUAGAAUGAACGGUAGUAUUUAUCAAUUAAAUCAAUUCAUUUAUGUUGUAAUUAUUACUUGAAGGAAUAUCAUUGGGGUAUUCGUAGAGUCAAAGAUAAAUUGCUUUCUGGAAAAGUGAAAUGUAGACAAAGUUUAUAACAACAUAAAAAAUCUAUGCUAACAUUUUCAGUAGAAUUAGAUGGCCGUGACUUAGUGGGCGACAUAUCAGUCUCGUUCAACUGAACGAGUAAAAAAGAUUAAACUGCGUUCUUAAUUUUCUUCUUGUGAGUUGAACUAAAUAAGGCAAUAUUUUUGGACAAUUAGUUGCUGCUAAUCAUAGUGGAUAUUCGUAGUACCGGUGGGUAAAAUUUCCAAAAUGGAACUAGCAUUUGAAAGCUCUGUGAAAUGCCAUAAUCGUAAAGUGAAUGAAAACUAUACAAGAAAUUAUUUAACGGAUCUUUCUCAUUCGAGAGGAAUGCCAUCCGUUGUGAAACAUCAAGAAAAUCUACCAAUUCGUGUCAUUUCAAAGCUAGCAAAUUUAUCCCAAAUAACCGACUGUGACAUUGAUUUCCAUUGAAAAAUAAAAAUCGGCACUAAAUAAAACCAACAAGUGAAUUUUUUUAUUUGUUUAUGCGCAGUUUGUGGCACAAUUUUUUUAGAGUUUUCUGGAACUUCGCGUUCUUCAGAUUGUAACGAGAGAGAUUAUCCUUGGCUGGGAUGCGUUGUUAGUGUGCUCUGACGUUGAUGUGGCGUUUUUGGGUAGUUUUCAGGUCAUACUUUCAGCAGCGUAGAGAAGAGUGUGAUAGAGCUGUAGACGAGAAAGAAAUAGGGAGAGAACUAAAGUUGAGCAUUGAUAGUUUUCAAGAAGUUGUAGAUGAAAGUCAUAUAAGGAAGAUUCCGAGUUGCCAAGACGUCGCGGAUUGGUACGAAUUGGUGGUAUACCUCGGGCCCGACGGGAACCUAUGAGUUGGGACCUGGCAUCACAAUACUCGACACACCUCCAAACAACAUGCUCGAUGUCAUGAUAACCCUCACCGCAAACACCUUCUAGUGCGCCCACCUUGGCUAACGAGUCCGCCCUCUCAUUGCCCCGUAUGGAACAAUGUGAGGGGACCCAAGCCAAGGUAAUCUGGCAUGAUUUUGCAGAUAAAGCACUCAAUUGUUCCCGUAUUUUCCCCAGGAAAUACGGUGAGUGCUUUCCAGGCUUCGCUGAACGAAGAGCCUCAAUGGAACUGAGACUGUCCGAUACAAUGAAGUAGUGAUCUGUGGGCAGAGUGUCAAUGAUCUCCAGGGUACACUGAAUUGCAGCUAGUUUUGCGACGUAAACUGAAGCUGGAUCACUGAGUUUAUAGGAAGCGGUGAAAUUUACAUUGAAUAUACCGAAGCCAGUGGACCCGUCGAGAUAUGAUCGGUCAGUGUAAAACAUUUUAUUACAGUCGACUUCUUUAAAUUUAUUAUUAAAAAUUUUUGGGAUCUCUUGAGGGCGUACAGGAUCCGGGAUUCCACGAAUUUCUUCUUUCAUGGAUGUGUCGAAAAACACAGUAGAAUUAGAAGUAUCCACAAAAUGAACACGAUUGGGAACAAACGAAGAAGGAUUUAUAUUCUGAGCCAUGUAGUCAAAAUACAAGGACAUAAAACGGGUCUGUGAAUUAAGCUCGACAAGCUUUUCAAAGUUUUUUAUCAUCAUCGGAUUCAAGAUGUCGCAUCGGAUUAGCAGUCGAUAUGAGAGAUCCCGGAAUCUGUUUUCAGCGCCAGCACUUCAAGACUCAGCGUUAAAGACCAUGCUGAUGCAACUUCUCCGAUAGAACUUUAAUGGAAAUUGAAUCGAAUGCCCCCUUGUUGUCGAAGAAAACUGAUGCCAUUUGUUCUUCACGAGCAAAUGCCAUUUGAAUUUCUGUUGAGAGCAACGCUAGACAAUCGUUCGUUCCUUUGCCCCUGCGGAAACCAAAUUGUGUAUCUGAAAGUAAGCCAUUAGUCUCGACCCAAUUGUCUAGACGGAAGAGAAUCAUUUUUAAUGAAAAGGAUUGAAAACUAUAUGAAUAAAAAUUUAGAUUUUGAAAUAUUAUAUGGGUAUACGCCACAUUCAUAUUUUACUCCUGAAAAAUUGACGUUUCUUGACAGGUGAUAAAUGGAGUGAAGUUGGCUCAAUCACCGGUGAUGGUGAUAGUAAAAGUGAUCACCUUCGGUGAUUCCAAACAUUCUGGUGAUCACCUCUUUAUCACCAGGAGGUGAUAGUCACUUAUCACCUUACAUGUUUCCACCCCUGGUUUCAGAACCUGAAUUCUGCGCCUAAACAUGAACAAUGAGUCUAGACUCGAAUUCUAGACCUGGACUCUGAACCUGGAUUUGAACUCAGACUCGGGAUUUUGCACCUCAGUUUCUUUUGGAGCCCAUAGAAGAAACGACUUCCACUGAUGAUGCGUUUUCGUAUUUCACGACUCACAUUUUUGUCAGUCGUUAAUAAGGAUCCGAGGUAAGCAAACUCCUUCACUACCUCGCAGAUACCUCCGAAUGUCAUUUCGCCGAUUUCUGCAAUUGCCUUAGUAUUAUAAAUGGAAUUGAUUUAAAAUGAACACAAAUGAAUGAUAAUACGUUAACGUCCGUUUUGUUGACCUACAAUUGUACUUCUUGAAUAAAGAUUGAUUCAUGAACCUCAGAACGGAGUUCUCAAGGAAACUUGUUGACAAUUAGCCACUAGAAGAAACCCAGUUUUGGGUUGACCGGACAAACUUGGCGGUUACAGGUUUGUAUGCAAGAGACCGCCUCUUCCGACGAAACGGCUUUCGACGAAACGGCUUUCGGUAAAAUGUCCCGCUUACCUGUGAUGAUGCCUUUCUCAUGAGAUUUGUAUUCUCAGCAAUAAUACUGUAUUAUUCUUGAAAAAACUGCUCAUUGAUUAAAUUGAUUUCAAAAUAGUUUCAAGCCAAAAUAAGUUGAUUUUUUUUACAGUUUCAAUUUUAAACACACUUCUCCCUGUAUUAUUGGAUCGGCUUUAUUAUUGGAUCCAGUUUAGUACUGACGAGAGAGUUGUGGUCGAUCAUUCAAUUCUAGCUAGCAUUGCUUAUUUUGUUGUGCUUCACUGGUCACCUUUAAAUAAACAAAUAAAUCAUAUUUGCAACUCGACAGUUUUGUUAGACAGGUGGCAUAACACGCUGAAAGAGAAUUCUCUCCGGAACGAGCAAAUUUCACUUAAACUAUGAACACGAAUUCUAUCGAAGUCCAAUUUGGUGCAACCUCAAAACUACUUGAUACAGAUUUGUUCCGUUUAUUUUUUCCCUACUAGGUUGUGCAAAACUCGUUGGCGUCCAACAACGAGGGUUAAUUAAGGGUAAAAGAAUUAAAAUAAUCGCCUGUUCAACGUGGCACUUCGAAGCAUUUCGUUUUGUAAGAAAAAAAAGGAUAAAAAAAACCUUUAAAAAACUCAUUGGAAAUAUCGAACACAAAAAUAAAGUAACUUAUUCUGAUUAUAUAUCGAUAAAUAUACCAAAUACUAAUUUUAUACAUUUAUUAUAAAUUAUGCCACAAUCGUGAAGCACAUAAAGAUUGAAAACGAACAAAAAAAAAACGUUUACAUUUCGUUAACAGUACUAAUAUCAUGAAAAUAAUUUAAGUUAAUUUAAGGUAUGAUAGGAUUUCCGUUAGAAAACAAAACCGUUGAAAGCAAAACGACACAACCGCGUAAUGUUAUGCUUUUCGGACGGUUUCGUGGGGAAAACGUUAUUCCUAAAUUGUAGUAGUGAAACUAUUGAACAACCUUCGGGUAAGUUUGGGAUCUACUGAUUUCCACCGAUCACUGUUCGAAAAGUUAAACAUUUCACCGAAACAACAACAAAAAAAUACUAUCAAAAACACGUCCAACUAAACCUCAAGUAGUUUUUUCAAACCAUCUAAUCUCUACACUUUAUUGUGCAAGAAUGAAAAAAUUGAAACGUUUAGAUCGCAGCCAAGGCUUGCUGCUUAUCCACUCAUCCAGUGUUGCCAUACUAGAGAGACGAAGUUGAUUAUAGAGAGAGAAAAAAAAUCAACUGCAAACUGAUUUCUGUUGCGUUAGGAGUUAAUGGUUCGCAAUCUCAAAAUAAACGAAAAAAAAUAAGUCUGGAAGAUGAAACCUGUCCCAAGGAAUGAAAUUCAACAAUUUAUAUACAAAGAAACAUUUAGAAAAUGUGCAAGCACUUACAUCAUAGUCGACUUCAUAGCCUACUACUACUAUCUAUCAUCAUAUUCACAUGCGUGCGUUCGGAACAUAUUUUUUUUAUCAAUAUGUGCGCUAUUCACUCACAGUGCAUCAAUUGAGAAUGAAAUGAGUUAUUCCAGUUUCAGGAAAACACAGAACAAAACGCAGAGUUGUGCAACAAUCUUAUUCGAUAGUUGGUAUAUAUAUUCUUCAUUCCCCCCAUCCCGCCCCCCUAUCCGGUACUGAUGUAAUGUUAAAUUUAAGCCACGAAUUCACACAUACACUGAAACACGUAUAUUCAUUCAAACGAAGGCAAAACUCACAUACUUAAUCCCAUUUUGCAUAACGCUAUAACUAAACAAUAACAGUUUUUGUUUUGUUCAAAUUGUUGGAACAAACGAACCCAACCCGUAUAUAUUUUGUAAUAUAUACGCAUUGAACUGAGUACAGUUUACUUUGUACAUAUAUACUAUGUAAAAUGACAGAAAAUAUUGAACAAAGCAAGUAUUCUCAAA